CGCAACUUAUUAAUUUACAAUCUGAACUCUAACAGCCUUGACCUGAAUAAAACACAGUGGAAAAUGUUUAGCUUAGACUACUUCUUAUCUUGCUGUAAUGUAGGGUAAGGUAGGUCACUUUUUGCAGUUUGCAGUUUUUAAAUCGUCCUUGAGCAUUUUAAGCUCAACAACGGCUGACGCUUAUCAUUCAAAUUAGAACGUGUGGAGUAAGGUAAAUGUAAGGUUGUUUCUUUUUCCUUUUUCUUUUUUUUCUUUUAUUUUUGUUUGUCCAUACAUUUGUUUGAAUUUCCACGUAAUAUUUAUACAACAUUGUCACAGUGAAGUUUAUUUAACAGUUGCACAAGUAGUUUAGUACAAGCAACGUGCACAUUAAAGUAAAUUCAACGUCUAUUUGCAUACUGUUAAAUCAAGAAGUUUUGCAGAUCGAAAGUAAUGACAAAUAUAAUUAUUAUGUGCUGAUAUUGCUUUUGAUUUCAAGAAGGUUUGGGAGUCAAAUCUCUGGAAUGUUUUGAAAUUGCAGAAAUAUGCUUUUGUUGACAAGCUCGGUAUUUCCCAUUCUACUGGUUUUCGAACUUGGAGAAAGUUUUAUACUAGAUCAUAGGGGAGGACCUGUUGUUAACACAACCUAUGGUCCGAUUGAAGGCUUAUCCCAAAAUGGUGCACAUGGUUUCCGUGGUAUCCCCUAUGCUUUACCACCAGUUGGUAAACUAAGAUGGCAACCGCCGAAGAAAUUAAACAUGGCCGAUGGGACGGAACUUUAUCUGCUAAGUAGUAUGCAAACUUUUGCUACCGAUACCAAACAGAUACAACUUUCUAUGGAAGUGAAGACUGCCUUUACAUGAAUGUGUUUACACCAACCCUGGACAAAACUGCAAAGUUACCAGUGAUGGUCUGGGUUCAUGGAGGCGCAUACACUUCCGAAUCCGGAAAUGACGACAAUUACUUUGCAGACGAGAAGAUGUCUGGGGAAACAAAUGUUGUUUACGUUAAUCAUAAUUACAGACUUCAUUCUUUCGGAUUUCUGGCAUUACAAAUAUUAGCAGAUGUUUCACCCACAAACACAUCCGGUAACUAUGCAUUCAUGGACACAUUGGUUGUUCUCGAAUGGGUUAGAGACAACAUACAGAACUUCGGGGUGACCCGUCACAGGUUACACUUUAUGGCCAUAGCGCCGGUGCAACACAUGUUCUUGCUUUAAUGGCCUCUCCGCUAUCGAAGGGUUUGUUCCACAAAGGCUGGAUGGCAAGUGGAUCUCCAUGGUAUGACAAACUAGCAAAGGACGCAUAUCAAGAUAAUCUUGUUUAUCUAAACAACACUAAAUGUUUCACAGUAGAUUGUCUCCUUGCAUUGACGUCACAAGAAGCGACGGAGGCCUUCCAAAGGGAUAAAAAAUUUCCAAACUUUGACAUGUACGAUCAGGAUGCCAUACCUAAGAAACUAAGUACCAGGUUCGACGGUAGUAUGGCUAUUGUGGACGGUUAUGUUGUACCGGAACCGCCAUUUGAAGCUUUCGCCAGCGGAUUUAAAAUGGAUAUUCCAUUCUUGGUUGGUAGUGCCGGACAGGAAAUGGACGGAGAUACCCCACCAAGUGAUAUGGGAACUUGGAACAGACCAGACUACGAACGAUUCGUUCACCAACAGCUGGACACAUUCAGCACUUAUAUCGCCGACAUGGCUUUAAAAAUGUAUCCUGUUACAGCAAAUCUGUCCGCAAGAUAUCAAUGGGCUAGUAUGGUCAGCGACAUAAAAGUUAACUGUGGAAGCAAUCUUGUGGCUUUGAUGGCUGCCAAGACCUUUAGUUCACCCGUCUAUCGUUAUGUGGACACCAACAGACCGUCGGAGCCAUUCGGCGACGGAGGAUCGAUCUACCCAUUCCAUACACAUGAUGUGUAUACAUUCUUCGGAUACUUGUCUAGCUAUUUAUCUCCGCUCAGCAAAUCGGACAAGAAAUUUGAUCAGAAUAUGAAAAACAAGAGCUGUCACAGGAGACAGCGCGCUCGACUAUUUCGAUGCUGGGUAGUGAAACUGGGCACAUCUGAGGAAACUAGAGCUGUCACUGAAGUGUUUAAUGACUCCAGUUGUGGAUGAAGAUAUUGCACAAUAGCCUGAGUCUAUGUCAAAAAUAUCAACUUAAAGUAAUAAGAGAGGUAAAGAUAAAAUGUAUCAAAACACUAUAUAAGUAUAUCCUAAGCAAAAAGGGGCAUAGUUAAUUAAAUAUUGGUGCCAGAGUUAAGCAGCUUGUGUCAUGUAGUGUGGGUGAUGAUGUUGAACAACUAUUUUAAGUUUGAAUCAAAUCCAUUCAGUAAUUACAGAGACAGAGUGAAAGUGCAUCAAAACUUUAAACUAAAAUUCUAAGUAAAAAGGGGGAAUAAUUCAUGAAAAAAUGGUGUCAGAGUUAUGCACCUUGCGUCAUAUGGUGUGGGUGAUGAUGUUGAACAACUAUUUUAAGUUUGAAUCAAAUCCAUUCAGUAAUAACAGAGAUAGAGUGGAAGUGCAUCAAAACUUUAACCUGAAAAUCUAAGUGAAAGGGGGGAUAAUUCAUGAAAUAUUGGUGCCAGAGUUAUGACCUUUAUGAUAGAUGAUGUGGAUGAUGAUGAGGAAUAAGUAUUUCAAGUUUGAAUCAAAUCCAUCAAGUAAUUACAGAGAUAAGUUGAAAAAAGAGAAAGUGCACCAAAACUUUAACCAAGGUGGGGACGCGGAAAGACGCCGACGCCGUCGCCGACGCUGGGGCGAGUAGGAUAGCUCUCCUUAUACUUCGUAUAGUCGGGCUAAUGAAGUGAUUUCCUUUGUACGUCAUGGUCACCCAAACACAACAGCCUGGGGACAGUUCCCUGGAUCGACUGGUCUCAUCUCGGAUACGGUAACAACCAUCCCGGAGUACCAUGCAGCAGAGUGCGAGUUCUUGUUUGCUUAUGGCUUCUUUCCCUAUUCUUGGCGCCAAUAAGUGGCAAUUCUGUUUAUGUAAUAUAUUUGAAUUUAUAUGUUACAAUGAGACAUCCUUAUGACAUGUCUGUAAAUGAACAGAAAAAUACUUAAAUGAGUCUUUACUACUUAUUAUUCAUAAAUUAUUAAAUAUCCGUUACAUCAUCCAAACAAACAUUCGAAGUAAAUGGUGUAAAGGAAUUUUUCAGACUAUUGUAGGAAAACAACUACAUUAUUAUACUGCUCAAGACGUAAAAGACGGA